GUUGGAUGGUGAUUCAGUGUGAUUACUGGUUAAUAUACUCGCGUGUCUGCAACUGUAUUACAAUUUUGUUCGUACUCCAAGUUACCUGACAGACAGGCACCAUGUCUCCCUCUCAGUUUCCAGCUCUGAUGCUGCUUCUGGUCUCCAGCUCCUGGGCCUCAUAUUUCCAUGGAGGGACCAUGACCUUUAAACUCAGAGGGACCAACCCUGACGGAACCUACAGGGUGGAACUUCGCUACAAGACAGGCUUUCACUCCUGCCCUGACUCUGAUCCCUUUACCUGGACGUGUGCCAGUGGAGACUGUGGAAAUCAGACCAGUCUAGUAGUUCAGACAGUGGAUGAGCAGACAUCUGGAGACUACAUCUGGUGUCAGAAAGAGGGAGUCAUGACUCAAAGUGUCUCCAAUAAGACCAACACUUUUGAUCUGAAUUAUAUCGGCGGUAAUUGGAUAUUCAACCACAACAGCGUUGUUGGUUGGAGGCUGUUGACCCAUGUGGAUCUUGGGGUCAGGUCUGACACAGGGAAAGCCAACCGAUCUCCCCAGACCACUGUCAUUCCUCUGAUGCGUGUCCCUGUUAAUUGUCAGAGAGAUUUCCAGUUUUUGAACUUUGACCCUGAUGGGGAUGAGGUCAGAUGCAGAUAUGCAGAAGCUCCUGAAGAGUGUGUCACACUCAGUAACUUGUCUCUAGACUUCACCCUGGUGUCCUGCACAUUGUCCUUUUCCAGCAUCAGUAAUACCACUGGAACGUAUGUUGUUCAGAUGGUGAUGGAGGAUUUUCCUAUUCAGUCCAUCUCUCUCUUCUACAAUGACGGAACUCAAUCUAACAGGACUUCUGGUGAUACACUCAGCAAACUACCCGUUCACUUUGCAAUAAGAGUGGAUCCCGCUGUUCCAUCCUGUACAGAAGGGGACUACCUACCCAUGUUCCUGUCUCCAACACCAGACCAGGGAGCAGUGCUCCUUGCCUCCACAGACCAACCACUGGAGAUUACUGUCAGAGCUCAGGCUACCCAGUCCACGGCUACAGAGCUGUUGGUGAGUGGACCUCAGCGCAUCACAAAGAACGCCCCCAGCCCAGGACUGUACCUUCUAAGAUGGAUGCCUUUUGAAGAGGAUGAGGGAGGGUCUUAUCCUGUGUGCUUCAUCGCUCAGAGUGUAAACGGCAGUUCCCUGUACCAAUCGGAGCUGCGUUGUGUCAUCAUCAGUGUUGGAAACCAAAGCGCCGUCACAACUACAGCUCACUCUACAAUAACCCUUCCUCCGACAACACAAAUCAUAACCACGAUGACCACAAAUACAUUUCCAACUACCAUCCAAUCAACUACAGCGCAAUCCCCACAAACCCCUCAACUCACCAACCCACGCGCAACUUUCAGUCAAAACUUAACCACCAGUCUUACGAUUGACCAUGUGGGCAACGCACCAAAAAGCAGCAUGACUAAGCACAUUGUCGUAGUGAACGUAAUGCUUUCCUUUCCAAGACCAACUACGGAUGAGUUCAUCAGUAAUGUGCUUUUACCAGUGGUCCAUCAGAAAAUAACCAGCUAUGGCUUUCCAAAACUCUUCACAUUGAGCCUGAUUGCAACUCACCCAAUCAACCCGUGAAGGAGGGACAGAAAUGUGUCUUGAUCAAAUAGUCCCUUGCGUCACGUGAUCAUAUCGAAAUUGCUAAGCUAGUAUAUUUUGGACUCAAGAACUGAUCCGCUCUACAUACAGGUGACCUCACUCUGCAUCGGCUGUAACAACACAAAUCGCCAGGUGUGUGUUUGUGUUUCCCCUCCUUCUGCCCUAAUCACAGGUGUCCUUUAUGUUCCGGAUUGUUGUCGUUGGUGUGUCCCAACUGGCAGUCAUCAGUGCUCAUCUGACUGCUGAGGUGGACCAAUCAGUGGACACUCCUCCUGAUUGCACCACCUGUUCCCUUUAUCCAUUACUCAAU